GUCAGGCGCGGCCCCUUCUGCUCCGAGCUGAGCCGGGGAGAGGGUAGGCUCCUCUCAGCGGCGCUGCGGAGACCUCAGCCCAGGACGCUGCCCCUCCCCGGGCCUCUCCCCUCUUGCCCACGAGUCCCCACAGUUCGUAGGCCUCUCGGAUCUGAUACCGUGGGGUGAGGUGCGAGCAGGCCCGGGGAGGGUGAUUGCUGAGGAGCCGCUAUCGCGAUCAAGAUGAUAGAGGUCCUGACAACAACUGACGCUCAGAAACUGCUACACCAGCUGAAUGCCCUUUUGGAACAGGAGUCUAGAUGUCAGCCAAAGGUCUGCGGCUUGAGAUUAAUUGAGUCUGCACACGAUAAUGGCCUCAGAAUGACUGCAAGGCUAAGGGACUUUGAAGUAAAAGACCUUCUUAGUUUAACUCAGUUCUUUGGCUUCGAUACAGAGACAUUUUCUCUAGCUGUGAAUUUACUGGACAGAUUCCUGUCCAAAAUGAAGGUACAGCCUAAGCACAUUGGGUGUGUUGGACUGAGCUGCUUUUAUUUGGCUGUAAAAUCAAUUGAAGAGGAAAGAAAUGUCCCAUUGGCAACUGACUUGAUCCGUAUAAGCCAGUAUAGGUUCACAGUUUCAGACUUGAUGAGAAUGGAAAAGAUUGUACUGGAAAAGGUGUGUUGGAAAGUCAGAGCUACUACUGCCUUUCAAUUUCUGCAACUCUAUUAUUCACUCAUUCAAGAGAACAUGCCAUGUGGAAGGAAAAACAGCCUUAAUUUUGAAAGACUAGAAGCUCAACUUAAGGCAUGCCACUGCAGGAUCAUAUUUUCUAAAGCAAAGCCUUCUGUGUUAGCAUUGUCUAUCAUUGCAUUGGAGAUCCAAGCACAGAAGUAUGUAGAGUUAACAGAAGGAGUAGAAUGCCUUCAGAAACAUUCCAAGAUAAAUGGCAGAGAUUUGAUCUUCUGGCAAGAGCUUGUAUCCAAGUGUUUAACUGAAUAUUCAUCAAACAAGUGUUCCAAACCAAAUGUUCAGAAGUUGAAAUGGAUUGUUUCUGGGCGUACUGCACGGCAACUGAAACAUAGUUACUACAGAAUCACCCACCUUCCAACAAUUCCUGAAACGGUUCCUUAAUUGGAUUAUUACAGCAACAAUAUCUCCUCUCUGAAGCCUUUUUCCACUACCCUGAGCUAUGGAUUCAUUAGUGUUAUAACAGAUUUAAGCUGUGAAGUCUUGAAAUAUCACAACUAGAUUAACAUUGAUGUUCUCAGACUUGGGAAAACUGCCUGCUUAAUAUUAUGCUACAGAAUUGUUUAGAUUUGAAUUCAUCUAUGAAGCCUACAAAUCAGCUAACAGCAUACAUACAAGCCUGGGAAGAUAAACUGUGAAUCUUCAUUUCUAACAUUGAUCCAAAUUUCUAUAUUGGAUCAAUAUAUGUAUUUAGAUGGUACUGAAAUUGGUAACCUACUUAAGUCUCAUUUUAAGUGUGUUUUUUAAAUUGUGAGGUGUAUAUCAAAACCAACUUUCACAUGCACUUUUCAGGCAUAACAGAGUACUAUUCUAGGCAGUAUAAAUGAUUUCUUGGUACUCACAAUGCCAAGUGAUGGAUAUUCCAUAGAUGUGGAUUUAUUACUACAUGGCAAUUACAUUUAAAUUUAAAGGCAUUUUAUAUAAAGCAAAAAAUACAGUCCUGGUAAGCUUGGCAUAUUCAUUAAGUUAUUGUUAAUAUUUUUUCUAGAACACAGGUGAUGUUUAUAUCCAUGAUAAAAAUUUUUAUAUAGAAUCUAUUGCCUCAGUCUAAUCCCAUCGAGAAAGUCAGCUUCUCUUGUAACAAAAUAAAUUAUUACUCUUGUAACAAAAAAAAAAAUUACUUGCUUUACCCCACCAAAGCAAGUAGAGGCUAAAUUAACACUCUAGAGGUUUUCAACAAGGACCACUUAUAUAAAAUUGCCAUUCUUUAAUUUAGAUUAGUUUAAAAGGAAGAGAGUACACUUUGAGUAAUGCCCAUACUGUGCCAAAACAAAGUCUUAAGGAGAUCCCUCAAAAUAGGUAAUGUUCAGGAUUUUCCAUGUAAUCAGUGAAUGUAAGGUCGGCAGUAUUAAAGUUGCCAUUGUAACAGUCAGUCAGUGCAAAUGUGUAGCCUGGGUCCAACUAGAAUAGCUGUUCCAAUUCAGAUUUACUUUUGACAUCAUGUUAUGGAUAUAUACUGAAAAAUAAACCAAAGAACUACAGUAAUGCCUAAAAAGUUAUACCUAACUUUUGUAAACUAUGUUUGUGGAUAACUAUUCAGUUUUCCCAAAUGAGUGAUACAUUUCAUUUUGAAUACAUCGGUGUUAAUUUUGAGUUGGCAGAGACAACCUAACAAACUACCAUUGUGUCUGGUACUAAACAAUAUACCUUUCAAUAAAAUUACUGAAAUGGA